AUGAUCUCAAGACCACCUACUGCAACUACUACCACACCAGAUCAUCCUCACCACCAACCUAUCCAUCACCGCAACCAACCCCAUCAAAUGAGCUCAAACCCACCCUUAACGAACCGUAGUAGGCAAGACCCAUCCAGUUCGAUCACCACUUCACUACCAGCUCCGUUUCCUUCUAGUUCGAUUACCCCAUCGAAUCAUCCUACUACUCAUGCAAAUUUGAUUCAACCGAGAAGAAGAAGAGUAUCGGAUGGAAGUACAGGUACUUCUUUGAGGAAAGAUAUCCUUUUGUCUAAAUUGGCUGAAGCACUUACACUUGAAAGGAAUAAAUCAAAUGUUUUUCAAAAAGAAUUACAAAAUGCUGAACAUGAAAUUGAUGAAUUAGCAAGUCAAUUAGAUCAGGUGAAGAGAGAACAUUAUCAGGUGAUUAGUUCGUUGAAAAAAGAAAUCAAGUUGUUGAAGAAAGAAAAAGAAGGAUUGAUCUUAUCAUUAGAAGCAGCUGAAGGAGUAGACCAAGAUGAAGCAGAUAAAUAUUUAGCUUUGAUUGAUCCGGCUCAAGCGAUCCUGAUUGAUCGAGAAGAAGAAACCGGAACUGGCCUCAGUGGUCAUGAACAUGAUGAUCAUUCAUUAAAUUAUUCUCAUCAAACAAACCCACAAGCACAACAACCAUCCCAAAGAGAUCAUCCACUUGAACAUCAUGAAACCGUUAGGGCUCAAGCUCAAAAACGUUCAGCUGUUCGAGCUCGACGAAUCAAUGAAGAAUUAUCAAAACUAGGUCCUUCGAUCGAUUCGACCAUCACACUAGAAACAUCUAAGAACCUAAACCGAAAAGAAGUAGAAGAGUUUGAAGAUCGAAAGGAAGAGAUCGAAUCAGAUGAACAAGCUAUGAGAGGUAGAAGAGUUGGAGUGAUUCAAACCGAACGAGUAAGAAGAAAGUUGAGUAAGAGUAGGAGUGGUGCUCCUGCUGGGCCGACUGGAGGGUUUUGGAGAAGAAGUGGGUCUAGGAAUCGGGAGGGAGAUGAAGUUGGAAUCCAACAUCGCUAUAGGAUUAAUAGUAAUCCAUCUGAAUGUUAUGAUUCAGGUUCGUUACAAAACAAAUCCCAGUUACUUUCUCAUCAAAGAAGUGGAAGUAAUGGAGCAGGUGGUGGUGGUGGUAGUAAGAUUGGUAAACUGUUUAGAAAAGUGUUUCCUGUACAUGGGAAUGAUGAAGAAGAAGAUCGAGUGGAUGGGGAUGGUCUUCGUGAUGGGUAUGAUAUUGGCGAUGAAUAUAUUGAUGAACAGAAAAAGGUGGGAUUGAGGAAUCAACAAGUACCUAGAAGAGAAAGACAUCAUGUUAGUAAUCUAGUAGGAGGUGGAGGAGGAGGAGGUCAAAGAAGAAGAAAUGAUAGUAGAACUCGUUGA